AUGCGUUUUGCGAUUGGAGUCUUCGCGCUUUUGGCGCUAUCUGGCGGCGUAUUGGCACAAUGCGAUGGCACAUGUCAAUGUGAAAUUGACUCUUGCUUUGAAGUUUUGGCUGGCAACCUUCCAUUUAUGAAGCAGCCUAGUAUCGAAGACUGCAGAGAUUUCCUUUGGGAACAUAGUACCUGGGGCUCAUCAACAUUAACCGUCACAAAUAUUGUUACGAAUGGUGUCGUUACAGAGACCGUAUCUGAGACUGAAAUCAAUACCGUUACGGAAGGAACGACAACCCUAGAAGUAAUCACAGCCACAGUCACGGAGACCCUAACUACUACAACUGGAGCUGGAUCUUUCACUGGAGAUCUCACUACAACCGUAAAGGCUCCUCUCCGCCGCCGUCGAAGGAAGCGUCAGGCAAAAUCUAUUCCUGCCUCUGCUGCUCUCUGCGGAGGCUCCGCUGGCUACUCUUCGGCCUGCACAUGCAUCGGUGUCUCAGCCGAGGGGACACGAUGGACGCAGGUCCCUACAGUCACGACUACGAUCACAGAGACCAUUGCUUCUACUGAAACCGCCGCUGUAACUGAAACCAUCGUUACCACCGAAGUCGGAGACUUUGCCGACGCGACGGAAACUUCAACUCUCGAGAAAACAGCGACUGAAGAAGUUAUCCAGCCGCUUUACACAUCAUUCGUCAUUCAACUUACACAAGACACUGUCAACGGUGGCUCUAAAGGAUAUUUCCUAAAAUCAGAAGCUGACCCAACUAAGGGCAACCGAAAACGCUUAAUGUUUACUCAGAACGUCGAAGAAGCCACACUAUAUAAAACUGACGGCUCUGGCGUUAUAUCUACAGAAACGGGCAAUUUUGGUUUUGCCCGCGACGACACCGCGACCGGGCCUGGCAUUUGGCAAGAAUCCGCCUCUUUAGCGGGCUGGAUAGACUAUACCUGCAAAAUCGACGAGAAUAGGCUGGUUUCGUGCAACAGCCCACCCACCUUCCUGGCAUCAGACCCUAACGACGGUCACAAACUCCGCGCCUAUUCAUAUCUUAACAACCUCAUCCCACAGGGUUGCGUCGGGCCUCUAAUUCUUGCAGCUGUACCUCCCCACUUCCAAGGCCUUGCGCCGCCAGCCGCCAUAAGCGCUGUUAUCCGGUCUCGUAAUGGAAACAACGGUAUAUAUUCAGGCUGGUACAUGGGACAGGAAGACCAACAAAGUCAACCUUUCCCGCGUAUCCGUUUCUUCCAAUCAAUCGGUGAUGCUACCAUCUUCACAGUCGAUCCGGUAAACGGCAAUAUAUUCGGACCGAACAAUGCUCCUUUCUCCGCAGCAACUCCCCCGAACUCGGGCAAUCCAACACCAUUUUUAAUAGGGGGGUAUGAUUCGACACGUCGGAUUCAUCAUCUCAGGGCCGAUUUACCUUCAACGAAUAUCCUUUUGUGGUUCCCUCCCACUUAUAUGUGGCUGGGUGCUGUCCGUGUGGAUGGUUCGAAUCCUACUGGUACACCCUUCUUUAGGAUGCAUCUUGACUCAACUAUGCUUUCCGAUGAGGUUGGACCACUUACGUUUGAUAUAGUACCGGUAUAA